CUGGAACAUUGAAAACUCACAAGUCACAACACCAAAAGAGUAAAAAAAAGAGUUUUUGCCUUGUUUUAGGGAUUUUCUGUGAGGUUGUAGCUAUGGCGUCCGAGGGUAAUAAGGGUCAAAGGCAAAAGGGUACUGUUAAAUGGUUUAGCGAUCAGAAAGGUUUUGGUUUUGUUACUCCAAAUGAUGGCGGACCGGAGCUAUUCGUUCACCAAUCGGGGAUUCGGUCCGAGGGGUUCCGCAGCUUGGCAGAUGGAGAACCUGUGGAAUUUGAGGUUGAAUCCGGUAACGAUGGCCGUACGAAGGCCGUCGAUGUUACCGGUCCUGAUGGUGCUCCUGUUAAGGGAGGAUCUCGUGACGCUGGUGGCGACCGCUAUGGUGGAGGCGGGAGGUAUGGCGGUGGUUACGGCGGGAGGUAUGGUGGUGGCGGCGGUGGAGGAGGGAACUGUUACAAGUGUGGUGAGGAGGGGCACUUUGCACGAGAGUGCAGCCAAGGUGGCGGCGGCGGCGGAGGACGUUAUGGUGGUAGCGGCAGUGGAUCAUGCUACAAGUGCGGGCAGGAAGGGCACUUUGCUCGUGAAUGCACCAACAGCAGCAACCGCUGAAGAUUGGUGGUGUGAUGUUGCACUCUUUUUAUUUAUGUUUAUUUUAUGUUGAAUUUUGAAUUUUGUUGACAGGAAGCAACCAUUUACUAUUUUUGAAUGAUCAUCGAUCACGAUAAUUAGUAUGUGGUUCAUUCCCUUGCUAUUUUAUGUUUAUUAGGAUAGUAGUACUUUUUAUUUUGAAUAUUUUGACAAUGUAGCUUAUAUACUACAUGUAUUUUGAAAUAUUAUGAUUAAUAAUAAAGUACUUAAAUGUCUUUUUAUGCAAA